AUGGGGAAUUUUCUGCCGAAGGAACCACCGCCUCCGGUGGUGCUUGUCCCUCCGCUCUUUGAUUUCCCUCCUCUCUCCGCCCGUAACAGGAUGUUGGAAUCAUCAUAUAAUUUGUUGUUUGGGAAGGUUGCAUUGAAAUGUCUAUUUGAUGAUUACUUUGAAGAAGCACGUCAUUUCUCUGCAAAGUUCCUCUUGAAGCCUAUUGAUGAUCCUCAUGUCGACUUGGUUGCAUCUGUUUCAGGCGCUCUAGAUAGUAAAGUGGAAGGAGGAGAUCUUGUGGGAAAUGCAUUGUUUCGCUGGCAAAGUGAUGUUGAUGAUCCUCAUACUUUUGUGGACCUCUCUGUGUCAACCUCCAAUCCGGUUCUUCUAAUGAGGUCAUCGGCUUACUACCCUAAAUAUGGAAUCGGAGCAUUUGCUAUAUACCCUUUGCUUUCGAAAAAGACUCAAAAAUUAGCUGAAGAAUAUGGAAUCAUGGGGUUGAGAUAUGGCUCAACGAAUUUAUCUCUCGGAGCUACUGUCUCUCCUUUUGAUACAAAGGACGAAUUGCCAAAGAGUGCAUGGCUUGUAAGCAAAAUGGGAAGGCUUACAGUAGGAGUGCAGUAUGAGCCGCUAUGUAAAAGCAAAGACAUGGCAAAGUAUAGCGACCUAAGGAAUUGGAGUUGUGCUGCUGGCUAUGGAGUAGGGUCAAAAAGCCCCUUGAGCCCCUCUUUCAACUUUGGCCUUGAACUAGCGAGAAGCUCUCAGUUUAUCGCUUCGUUUUACCAACAUGUAGUAGUCCAAAGACGGGUGAAAAAUCCUUUUGAAGAAAACGAAGUAGUUGGAAUCACAAACUACAUUGACUUAGGUUUUGAGCUACAAACAAGGGUUGAUGAUUCCCCCAAGACACCAGAUGGCUUUCCAGAUUCUUCAUUGCAGAUGGCUGCAUCUUGGCAGGCCAAUAAGAACUUCUUGCUGAAGGGUAAAGUCGGAGCUCUAAGCUCAACACUCACAUUAGCAUUCAAGUCGUGGUGGAAACCGUCUUUCGCGUUCAAUAUUUCAGCAACCACUAAUCAUAAGACUGGAGAAGUAGAAUGUGGGUUUGGUUUCCGUGUUGAUAGCUUAAGGGAAGCCAGUUACCAAAGAGCUGAUCCGAACUUUGUAAUGCUGACACCGAACAAAGAACAUCUCGCAGAAGGGAUUGUGUGGAAAAUGGGGAAGAGACCAAUGUUUCAAUCCGAUGUAGACGCAGAGAAUUUCAACGAGUUGCCAAAAGAACUUAGACCGCCUCAGAAGAUUCUCUAA